AUUAAAAAAAUAAUGGAACACAUUCGAAUUGAUUGGAAUGCUUUACAAGACGAAGAAGAAGUCGAGAUAAUACGGAGAUAUACCAAGUCCGCAAGAAGAUAUAUGUACGCAUUUGUAGGUAGGAUACCCGAAUCAAAGGAUACAAGCCUGGCUUAUCCUGCCACUGUUGUUUACAUUUCAAUACCAUUUUGGCCAGGUAUCCUUGAUAUUGUGGCACCGUUAAACGAAUCACGUAUGCGAUAUCUUCCAUUCUUAGUGGAAUACUUUUUGGACGAACAAAAAUACUUUUAUCCCAUAUUGUUGCACACGAUCGUAACGAUUCUCUUAGGAACUACGACCGUUAUAGCUACUGAGACUUUGACUUUUGCGUUCAUUUAUCAUAUUUGUGGCAUGUUUGAAAUAGUUAGUUAUCGAAUAACGUGUAUAUUGGAUAAAAGCAUAUUAAUAUUAUUAGCAUUAAAUACAGAAGAUACAAUUCGUGUCAAAUUAAUUAACACUGUGGAAACUCAUCAAAGAUCUAUCAAAUACGAUAGUCAGUGGUAUCUAGCACCUGUGCAAAUGCAAAAAUUAUUACUGUUCGUAAUGCAAAGAAGCAUGAAAUCUUGUAAACUUGUUAUGGGUGACCUAUAUUGUGUGUCGCUGGAAAAUUUUACUACGGUAACUUGUGUCAUGGACAUGAUAGUAAAUCUUACUUCUAGUUUACUCCAAAAUAAUAAAUUUAUUUUCUCAGCUUGUGAGUCUGUCUCUAUCUUACUUCACAGUAAUUUAUUCUGUGCAACAAUGAAACUUGUAUAAAGAAUGAAAACAUAGUGGCUGAUAGUGAUUUCUAUAUUCGACGAUAAUAGAUUUUUAGAAUAUUUUAUAUCAGAUCGAGGAGCUCAAACGAUUUAAAAACGAUUUAUGUUAUUAAUUCGACAAAUUGUUCUUUAUCUACAAAUAUUAUAUUAGUAAACAAUAAUUUGCACUCUUGUAACGUCUCUUUUAAUUGUAUCACAUAUAGUCCAAUAUUAAUAUUGAAUUGAGUAAUUAUAAUUUACGUUAAAAUGGAACAAUUUUUGAAAUAUUAGAAUGUAAUAUAAAAAUAACAUUAUGUAUAUUCAAAACUUAUUACACGAACCGAAUGAAUGUUUAAUAAUCUUUUUAUAUUUGCUUACUGUUACUCUUAUGGAUUAUAUUUCAAUAAUAGUAACUAACAUAAGUAAAAUAUUAGAUGCUAAGCAAACAUGCUAGAAAAACAAACAUUGAAGAAAAAUUUAGAAAUAUAUUGGAUGACGGUUCACUUAAUAAACGUAAGAAAAGAAAUUGCGUAUUAUCAUACUACUCCAACUUGAAAUAUAUAAAAAAAGAAUGAAGAUGCUAUCACCUAUGGAAUAAGAGACAUCCGAACAAACUUAAGUAAUUUACGACAGUUACUUUUUUUGCUUCUAGAGAGAAAAUAGUAAUGGUUACAACAGAGUCUUAAGGUAAAAUGUAUCUUAUUUUUUGAUACCACAAUCUUCAUAUUUAUUGCUAUUAAGCCUGUUAUUUACUGCUGUAUUCAACUGCACUAAAAUUUUCUUUCUCGCUUUC